UCUCUGCUGCUGGGCUAUUUAAAGGCAAGGGAGUGGCAGUUCAUUUUCCCCAUAUCUCUGCGCAGGACUUGAUCAACUGAGCUGCACAAGGAGCAUCCCGAAGAUGAGCUCUGCACAUGGAAUUGUUUGCACCAGCCUGCAUGUGGCACCUGGCCAGCGUAUUGCAGUGAAAGGUGACAUUCCACCAGGAGCUAAGGGCUUUGUCAUUAAUUUGGGAAAAAACAGAGAUGACCUUUUAUUACACUUCAAUCCACGUUUUGAUUGUCAUGGGGACCUAAGGACCAUCGUGUGCAACUCCAAAAACAAAGGGCAAUGGGGCACAGAACGCAGGGAGACCAACUUUCCCUUCCAAGAGGGCAGCAGUGCGGAGGUGUUCUUCACACAUGACAAAAAAGAGGUGACCAUUACAUUGCCGGGCAACUAUCAGUUCAAGAUCCCCAAUGACCCUGCCUUUGAAGGCAUUGAAUUUGCCUGUGUGGAAGGUGACUUUAUUUUCAAAGGCUUCUCACUUGCUUAAAUGGUCUCUUCCUCUGGGUUCUCUGCCCUAUAUCCUUCUUCCUACUCCAUAUGACAAAAAAUAAAAUAAACACAACUGAUUUCUGAUUUAA